GUAUUUAAUGCCAAUGUAGGUAGUAUAGUGUAGAAAAUAAAUGUGAACUUUUAAUUACUUUUCUGAAAUAUAUGAUCAACAAUUUCGAUUAGGAAUUUUUCCCCUCGGAGUGUAUCUGCCUACAAUGUUGCGUCUUGGUGAAAAGAGCCAGGUUCAAAAACCCAGAUCUUGUUUUUCCGUAUUGUUUCUUAGCUUUCUUAACGACGUACCCUCUGGUAGACACACUACGAGAAACACACGGUACACAUCGGCCCAAGGUACACGUUGAACAUCUGCUCCGACUGUUAACAACAGGACUAAAGGUGAGUCGUACCGAUGGCAUGGUUGUGAAGGUAAAAUGCAAGACGCCGCUGCUCACCUUCUGUACAAGCCAAGACGGGGACCGUUCGUCGAAGACGACGCUAAGAACAUUUCCAAGCCAGUCCAAGAAGAGUUGCACCUUUGCAAGAACUUAUUCUUCAGCACGUGCUACUGCAGAGCGGCCGUCCACUGCUGAGUGCUCCGGGUUUGAUUUUCGACUCUGUACAGUUAUAAGUGACUUUUACGAAGUAAUUAGUGCGUUUUGUGGGUGCUAAGUGAGAGGUUUUGGAGAAAUGUCGUGCGAUUUCGGUAUUGCCGUUGCUUCCUUGGAUAAUCUUAUCCACCGUGAUGAUCGCGUAAUCCCAAAUCUGAUAAGAUCGCAGGUGGCCAGUGUUCCACCCUUCGACUACUUCGCACAUUUGCAACGUGAUAUUCAACCCUUUAUGCGGAAAAUAGUGACGAGUUGGAUGUUAGAGGUGUGCGACGAGCAGAAGUGUGAGCAGCAGGUGUUUCCUCUGGCCAUCAACUAUAUGGAUCGAUUCCUUUGCACAAUGCCGAUCUCGCGGGAGCAGCUGCAGCUUUUGGGAGUCGCAUGUCUGCUGUUGGCGUCAAAAAUCCGGCAAUGUUACAAUUUGAGUGUGGACCUCCUGUGUGCUUACACUGAUAACGCAGUGACACCUGACCAGGUUCGGACGUGGGAGUUGCUUAUAUUAUCACGACUGCAAUGGGACAUCGCCGGAGUUACUGCCUACGACUUUGUGGAGCAGAGUAUUCAGAGGUUACCUUGGUCGAAAAACAACUCUACAAUAAGACACCAUGCCCACACUUUGGUUUCCGUGUGCUAUACAGAAACCUUUUCCAUGACCUGCCUCCCAUCUUUAUUAGCUGCUGCGUGUGUUUGUGCAGCUGCUAUCGGACUAAAAUUGGUAAAUAACAAAUCGGCAAUAAGGGAUGUUUGCAAAUUGACUGAAACGACACCUACCGAAGUUGAGAUUAUGAUACAGAAUAUUGAAAUUAUAAUAGCCAAAGAAACGGAGGCAUUCAUAUCUCAACAAAUUGCCAAAAACCCAGAAAUCACCUACAGUGUAGUACCCGUUUACGAAGUCAGCUACAUAGCCACACAAAUUCCGACCGGGGAAUCAAGUGAAGUUUGUUGACACAAUUUUUCGCUACUUUCGAAUUCAUUUACCUUUAAGGAUUGUAUAUUUAGAAUGAAAUUUUAUCUAUGCUAAGUUGAAUCAUGUACCUUGUUUAUGUUUGUAAGAAAAUAUACCAAAAAAGUUAAAAUUAAGUUUACCUCAUUAAGAUUUUAAAAUUUCGUUAAUGGAAGACAUACUUUUAGGAAGACACAUUUAUUGUAACUGAAACUUUUAAGCAAUUAUCCUUGUAAGAAAUUUGUAUAGUUUUACGGUUUUCGAUCCAUUUACCUGGUGUAAUUUUUUAGGAAAUUGAAGACUUAGAUAAAUUUUAGUUAACUUAUUAUAUUGUUGUUGAAGCUAACACUGGAUUGUUAAUAAAAUAAUGCCCCCUGGAUAA